AUCGAGUAAAAUGCUAAAGCAAAAGAAAACAAGUAUUUUUGUGGUCAUAACCGCUAAGAUCCGAGUACUUUGGCAAGUACUUAAGUAUCUGAAUUGUACUCAAUAAAAAAACAAUUUUUUUUUUAAUUAAAUUAAACAACAAAAAACUCACCAAUUAUUUUAUUUUUUUGACAAGUUUUCUUCAGAAUUAUCCAGUAAAAUAAUGUAUUAUUGCAAUUGUUUACAACUAUCAAACGUGACAAACGGAGUAACUUCAAAAAUUAAUUAAUAUUUAAUUACAAGGUUAAGUAAAAUGACGGAGUUUGCGAGAACAGUGCCGAGGAUCAAGAAGUCCAAAUCGACCUUCAAAUGGGGUCAACAGUAUUACACGGCUCUGCAAGAUGCUGUUUUUCCAAUCAAACAUAAUUUGUAUUCUACCCCGGAGAUUCCGAGCAAGUUGGCGGAUAAUAUUGAUGUCAAGAAGGGAAAAUAUUCUUGUAAUCAAUGUGGUGAUAGUUUCCACUUUCAAAGCAGCCUUGACGACCACUUGGCAAGAUACAGUUGGAUCCUCGGCUACUGGUGCCGCUACUGUACAAAAUUAGAAUGCACACACCAAAAAGCUCCUAGAAGUAAUCCAUCAUCAAGUAUCUCAUGUCCAGAAUGCAAAGUCGAGUUGAAGAAAAGAUGCGCUUACUUCAAAGCUCGAGGACUAAAAGGAGGCGAGCGGGUGGGUAAAAUUUUAAUAUUCUACAACCAAUGUCAAUUUUUCGGUCACCUAAAAUACCACGGAAUAACAGCAGUAGACAUGUGCGACAUGAUGCUGAUGCCUAUUCCAAUGACCAUUCAAUCCGACGAAUACGCACAGUUGGACAGUGUCUCCAGAACACUGUUCGAGUGUAUGUUCAUAAAAAACAUCCAUAUUAUGGAUUGGCUGCGUCUUGAGAACAUAAACUUUAAAUGGUGGACCGUAACAGGCUCUGAUGACAAUCCAGUCGGUAAACUUAUCCGACAACACGAGUUUGAUAUCGUCCGAGCCAAUAGACUGAUAAAAUCCGUCAAGGACCAUGAGUUGGCCGCUAUUAAUAACGUCCAAGAUCCUGAAGAAGAUAAUGAUAGCAAUACCGAUAAUAGUUCAAUAAAAAACGAAGAAAAAUCUCCCGUAAAAGAAAUUAGCGAAAAUCAUUGCGACUUAAAUGAAAUAGAAUUCGUCGAUUGCGCUUCGCUUGAUGAUUCAUUAAUUACCGAAGCGCCCCCUACUGCAGCGCCACCUGUAAUAGUUAAAACAGAGCCCCCUAGUAGUUCAGAAUCUACAACUGGAGAGUUAUUGAAAAUAAUUAACAAACCCUCAGCAAAAUUAGCUAAUCUGGCUGAUAUUAAUCACAUAAGCUUGAACAGAAACACUGUGACCCAUUUAAUAAACCGGAAUUUAAAAAUAUCUUCUUCUAAUACCCUUCAAACUACAACUUUGUCAAAUAUUACCGGAGCGGGUAAAAAGAACCAGAUAAUUAUAAUAAAUAAGAACAAAGAUUCUGAUAAGUCUAGCGAAGUUAAAGCAAAUGUUCAAAUUUUGUCUAAUUCAGGGCAAGAUGCUGUUAAGCUCUUCAAGCAAGCAGGUGGCGGUAGAGUCUUUUUCCAACCCGGUAUGAAGCCUGUAAUUCUUAAACAAGUCCCCAAACCGCUCAAUGCUUCUAAGCUAGACGGAGAAAAGAAGUAUACUGUCCCUAAAUUUAGCGUAGUUAAAAAUAAACUAAAGAUCUUGUCCGGAAAUUCAGUUCCUGUUACUUUAGUAACUUCUGCGCAGAUGCUAAAAAGUGUUUCGACUUUGACCACAGCGUCCUCUACGCUCUCAACGCCAACCGCUCCAAAACAAACUGUUUUGCAAAUUAGGGACGGUUCGGGGCUUAAGACUAUUUCAGUAGCGCCAGAAAAGUGCACUAAGUUGAUUCCUAUGGAGGCUUUGCACAAACCUAAAGAAGUUUUGCAAAAAGAAAUGGAACUUUUGCAGAAAAAGAAUCUAAAUAUUUCCGGACAAAUUCGCCAGAAGUCACUAAUUAGUUACACGCCUCAGACUGUUCAAUUGUCUUCUAUUCCUAAAGGCACUAAAAUUGUCCAGACGAUUCAAGCCGGGCCUAAAUUAGUCCCAGUAACUCAAAGCUCGGUUAAAUUCCCGAGACCUGUUCAAACUUAUCAGAAGUUACAAACUGUUGUUAAAAUUGGGCAAAAUUCUGGACAAAAAUCGGUCGCUAAAAUAGGUAAGACUCUAUUAAAGCCUAUUGAAAGUCUCUUGAAGCCAGAGGCUCAAACUAAAGAACUAAAGGAUACUUUUGUGAAGAAGGUUGAAGAAGAUCCUUUGUCUGGUGAAGCUUUUCCCCAACAAGUUCAGAAAGUAGACAGAGGUCAGAGUGUUCUAAAGCUUUGUGCUCCGGACAAGAAACAGAACACCGUCCGAGCUUAUAGAGAAGCUAUGAUCUUAAGUUUCCAGCAGUCUCGAAAGCGAGUUCAGCCGCUAAUUGAUAAUAUAAUCGAGACUAAUGAAAUCUAUGAGAAGACUAACGUUGAUGUUCAUAGUGUAAAGACAGUUAACGAAAUGGCGCUUAGUAAAUUCAAAAUUUACUUGGAUAACAAUAGAAAUGUAAAGAUGACUGACGAUGAUAAGAUCAAUGAAGAGCUUCACCAUCAUUCCGACAAUUGGGAAGCAAAAGCCGAUAGCUUUAAUAAGUAUUGCGAACGUUGUCACUUAAAACUAAAGCCUCAAAAUUAUAUCAUAGGUAUUUCUGACCCUUCUGAGCAAGAAGACAAUUAUUGCCAGUGUUACAAUCACGUUUGCCAUUUAUGCAACGCUAGGCAAGGAACUCUAGCUCGGUACAACGUCCACAUGUGUUUCCACAUGAAAGAAUUUCCUUACACAUGUCCCGAAUGUUUCAAAAAAUUCCCUUCAAUUCAGCAUUUAGAGAUCCACAUUUGGCAACAAUGCUACCAUAUUAAAACUCACCAAUCUUGGACUUGUAACGUUUGCGAAAUUGAAGGCUUUUUGACUAAAGAACACUUGGCAAGACACUACUUUAAGAUCCACUCUAAAAGCGUGUCCUUCUGUAACUUAUGCCGGAAAAAGUUCGACUCUUUUAGCGAAUUCCGAGCCCAUAAUAGCGAAAUCCACGGAAUUAUCAAUACCCAAUUUAGCAACGCAAGCCGUCUAAUUAAAUGCGACUUUGGAGAUUGCCUAACUAAGCCCGAGGCUUUUAGCGAGCACGUAGCAGCUCAUGUAACUGUUGAUAAAGUGACUCACUACAUCUGUCCCUUUUGCAAUUUUUCCAUGGGAGAGAUUUCUAUAAACGGACACUUGAUCCAGCGACAUGUCUUUAAAGCCCACCCAGAAAGACUUAAAGAGGUCAUUACUAAUGAAACCCUUUCCGUGUUUAUCAAAAUGAACCUUGUAAACCCCCAAGCGAUUGACCGACCCCCGUCCCCUAGUAUUAAGAUUGUAAAUGCGUUCCCCAUUUCUUCCAAAGCGUUUAACCAACAAGCCACUAAUUCCGUGGAGAUUUUACACCGUAGAAGCGAAUCUAUGCCUAUUAAGAUUAUCGAUGUAAGAACGGAAAAAGCUGAUGAGCCAGUUAAUCAUAAGCUAGAGGAAGAAAUAACAGAGCUUCCGGGGUCUUCCUUGAAGAUCAUUGAUGUUACUUCAAUGUCUAAGGGAGAAUAUAGCGAUGAUAAUAAUGAAGAUGAUGAUAAAAAUAAGAUGAUUAAGAAUUCUAUUGAGAAGCUAUCUAAGCUCGGAGUUUCUUUGUCUGCUAUAAAAAAGAACGAUAAGCCAAAGAAGGCUGAAGAAGUUGGCACUCAUGAUGAAAUUUCUAUAAUUAACAAUUUUAGCAAAAGAAAAAGCUCCCCACCGCCUUUAGUCUUGAUUAACAAUGUCAAUCUUUUGGAACUUGAUAAAGAAGAUGAUAAAAAAGAUGUGGUUCAAAUUGAGUGCAUUAAAGACAAUAAGGUGAUGAUUAGAAAUGAUUUGUUUAAUCUUGAGGGAGUUUCUAUUCAAAGGAAAUCUUUUGGAAGGAAAAAGCAACGCUUGGCUAUGAACGGACCGCUUUUUAAGAAAGAAAUGGUGCAUUAUAAUUGCCACUUGUGUGGAGAGUUGAUUAAUACUAAUUGGUAUGUUAUUAAUGAUCACUUUAGAGAGUGUCAUUCAGCGGGUUAUAGAAUUGUUAGUAUGACUCCUUGUUUAAGAAGACUUACUAACUUUGAAAUUAUGAAGUACACUGGGAUAAAAAGGGGGAAUUCGGAUUUGAUGUUGACACCCAAAAAACGCAGAAGGGGAAAUUACGGUCCGUUAUUUAGCAACGGAAGAAAGCUUGUGGAUAAAUUUGGCGGGAAUAAUUUGGGGUUUUGCGUUACUCAGGAAUCACUUCAGGAUGUUGAAGGGAAUUUCAAGUGCAAGAAGUGUAAUUGUCUGUUUAAGGAUGUUAAUGUUCUGAGGGAACAUCUGGCGAGUAAUCAUCGAAUUAGGGGACAUUAUUUGGUUUGUUUGGAGUGUGGAGAUAAUUUUAUUGUUGCUUCGACGUUGCAAAUGCACUUGAAGGCUUUUCAUGGGAUUAAUGAUCCGAUUAGUUACUUGCAGAAAAAUACUGCGUAUGCUCCUGAUGCAGUGGAUGAAAUUGAGGAGCAAGAUAAAAUUACUGAGUCUAAUCAGUGCUAUGUUUGUUUUGCUGUUUUUGAGAAUAAACUUGCUGUUGAUAUGCAUCUUAGGGUUCAUGGGAUGGCUUUUUUGAAUAGGAAACGUAUAGAGGCGCGCAAAGCGCUUAAAUGCCCGCCGAAAUUUAAAGCCGCUAGUCCGACUCCUAAGCCGGAGGAAAUUAAGAUUGAUGAUUGUGAAGAUGAUAAUGCUAAUGUUAUGUCUAUGAGCGAAAUGGUGUAAUUGCAAUUAAUACGGAUUAUUUCUUUUUGUAAGUUUUAUUUUAUGGGUUAUUAUAUUUAUUUUAGGCUACUAAUUAAUUUUUAAGCAUUUUAUUUUUAUAUUAAUUUAUCAAUCUUUAUAUAAAAAUUUAUUGAAUUGUAUAAUUUUAGGUUAUCUUUGUUUAUGAUUUUCUUUAAUUGUUCCGAGGAGAGUUAGUAACAAUUAAAGUCACGUAUGAAUGAAUGUAUGAUUAAGUCUAUUCAUUUCAUAAAUAUUCAACCGCAUAAAUAUACAUUUACAUACAUUUAGCGUUUAAAUUAUUCAUUUUUUUUAAUGAC